AUGUCCCAAACGUUUCGGGUUCCUCUGUAUUCUGCCCCAUCACUUUUAGGUAGUUCUAAAGACUCUGAAAGUUUGGGUCAUAGUUUUCCAAAGGCGACUACUUACGAAGUAGCCACUUCUUAUUUUGCCAACACUUUAGAGCCUCCUGCCAGCUGGAAGGAAUCAGGUGGCGGAGGUAUCCUUGCCCGACGUCUCGCGGCGGCCCCUCCCUAUCCGGUCGCCGUGGCAGCGAGUCUAGGCUGCGGUCGCCUCGGCCUAAUCGCCAAUCGAGCCUACUUGACAUCGCGUCUGAAGGCAGCCAAAAAGCUUGGGGCAGUGAAGCGAAAUGAAAGAAAAAGUGGCAGCGAAGCGUCAGGUGGUCUGAGAAGAGAAUCGCCAAUUCCCUCAGAUCUACGAAAUCUCCGUCUUCCCAUUGGCCUGCAGCCAUUUGGCAACUGGCUAAUGCGCGACCGACAUGAUAAUAGGCCUACAUGGUUGCUAGGCGCUGCGGAGGAUGGCUGGCCUAGUCUGCCAAAUUGGACUAGCUCUGCUGUGCCCGAGGGACGCUACAACACCGAAUUAAGCCAAAAUGACACACAAAAAGUAACUUUUUAUCCAUUGGCUCAUGGUUAUUAUAAGAAGUAG